UUUUAUUUUUGUUGAAGGUCCAGAUUCGGUUAUAUCUUUUCGAUAACCUCUUCCCAAAUUCCUAUUUCCCCUUUUCUGAAACCCUUUACCCAAUCUCAUAGCCCUAGAGAUUCACGAUAAUCGCUAAUCCUUUAAACCUCUCCAAUCUCUAAUCGGGUUUCUACAAGCUUCUAAUUUUCUUUUUCUUCACUAUUCGGCGCAUCAGAAUCUCAAGCUUCGAAGUUCCGGAGUUUAUGUUUGAAGAUCCAUCCAUCGUUGGAUUAUUUCCUGAAGAUUUAUUUUUGGUCGCGUUUUUACAAGAUCUGAAUCGGGCGGAUUGAUUGAUUCAGAGCGAUUCUUUAGUACAAUAAUCGGUGAUCGAAGAGUUCGUGUGAAUUUGAUGAUCUAAGAGCAAAGGGGCUUUUUUAUUAUUCCCUACGAUUUGCCCUAAACUUCUGGUUUUGCUGAAAGAUUCGAUUUAUUGGAACACUUCGUGGAGUUACCGUCAGAGUUGAUAUCUUGAAGACAAAGCGCGGGAUUUUGCAUCUAAGAAGGAGCGAGGAGUUUGGUUCGGUUUCUCUUAGAAUAAGGAAAAAAAAAGCUUUGUACUGUUUAUAUUUGUUCUUUUUUCAAGUGAAUAUCAGGCCUAAUAUUGUUUUGAAGGCCAAUAAAUAAGUUCAUAUUUCCUUUUCUGUGUUUUUUAAUCAUUACUACAAUUUUUUAAAGAGGAAAGAAACGUAAAAAAUGGCUGUUUAUUACAAAUUUAAAAGUGCAAGAGAUUUUGAUUCAAUUUCCAUGGAUGGUCCGUUUAUAAGUGUUGGUACUUUGAAAGAAAAAAUAUUUGAAUCAAAGCACUUGGGCAGGGGUACGGACUUCGACCUCGUUGUCACUAAUGCACAAACUAAUGAAGAAUAUCUUGAUGAAGCAAUGUUAAUCCCAAAAAACACUUCUGUAUUAAUUCGCCGGGUUCCUGGAAGGCCUCGCAUGCCCAUUGUUGCUGUUCAAGAGCCUAAGGUGGGAAAUCAGAUUGAGAAUGCUCAACUAGAAAAGAGUAACUUACUGGAUGCUGAUUCAUCUGUACCCAAAUAUCCUGAAGACUCUGAAUGGGAUGAAUUUGGGAACGAUUUGUAUUCAAUCCCUGAAACGCUGCCGGUGCAGUCAAGUAAUCCACUUCUUGAUGCUCCCCCUACCAAUAAAGCUGACGAGGACAGCAAGAUUAAGGCUCUAAUAGAUACACCUGCCUUGGAUUGGCAGCGCCAAGGUGCAGAUGGCUUUGGACCUGGUAGAGGCUUUGGUAGGGGUAUGGGUGGAAGGAUGGGCGGGCGUGGUUUUGGUCUAUUAGGAUUGGAGCGCAAAACACCUCCUCAGGGCUAUGUUUGUCACCGUUGCAAGGUGCCUGGGCAUUUUAUUCAGCAUUGCCCUACAAAUGGUGAUCCAAACUAUGAUAUUAAAAGGGUGAAACCUCCAACUGGCAUUCCGAAGUCAAUGCUAAUGGCAACACCAGAUGGCUCAUACGCAUUGCCAAGUGGAGCAGUUGCAGUUUUGAAGCCCAACGAGGCUGCUUUUGAGAAAGAAAUUGAGGGCUUACCUUCCACUCGUUCUGUUGGUGACCUUCCACCUGAACUCCAUUGCCCAUUGUGCAAAGAAGUAAUGAAAGAUGCUGUUCUAACUAGCAAAUGUUGUUUUAAGAGUUUUUGUGAUAAAUGUAUAAGGGACCACAUUAUCUCAAAGUCAAUGUGCGUAUGUGGGGCGACCAACAUACUCGCUGAUGAUCUUCUGCCAAAUAAGACCUUAAGAGAUACAAUCAAUCGUAUACUGGAGUCUGGUAACAGCAGUGCUGACAAUGCUGGAAGCACUUUUCAAGUUCAAGAUAUGGAAUCUGCGCGGUGUCCACAACCAAAAAUUCCAUCUCCUACUACAUCUGCUGCAUCUAAGGAAGAGCAGAAGCUAGUAUCUGUAAAGGAAGAAAGUUCUUAUGUGAAGGAUAAAGCUAAUGAGAUUAAAGUAGCUAUUCCCCCACAGCAGGUCUUGGAGAAAGUAAAGACUGCUAAACUAGCUGAUGCAUCCGAGGCCACAUUGGAGUCAAUGAGUGUGAAGGAGCCUGCAUCACAUGGGAGUGCCCCACUUGUGGAGGAAGAAGUGCAACAGAAGUUGGCUUCUGGAGAGGCAGGAAAGAAAAAGAAAAAGAAGAAGGUUCGUUUGCCAGGAAAUGAUUUGCAAUGGAAAGCCCCUCAGGAUCUUGCAGCUGAGAACUAUAUGAUGUCUAUGGGUCCCUCUGCCUAUAACCCUUACUGGACUGGUAUGCAGCCUGGGAUGGAUGGAUUUAUGGGUCCCUAUGGUGGAGCAAUGCCCUAUAUGGGGGGCUAUGGACUAAGUCCAUUUGAUAUGCCAUUUGGAGGUGUUAUGCCUCCAGAUGCUUUUGGUGCUCAAAAUUGUAUGUUUCCUCCUGUCCCACCUCUGAGGGAUCUUGCGGAGUUCGGAAUGGGUAUGAAUGUUGCCCCACCUAUCAUGAGCAGAGAGGAAUUUGAGGCUCGGCAAGCUGCUUUGAGGAGGAAGCGUGAAAAUGAGAGACGAAGUGAAAGGGAGUUCUCUACUAGAGACCGGGAAUUUGUUAGGGAAGUAGGCAACAGUGCUGAUGUUUCGUCAUUGAAGUCAAAAUCUAAGCCUAUUCCACAAAUGUCAGGUGGUGACUGUCGCAGCGAACCUCUACGGCAUCGAUCAGAGAGGACCUCCCCAGAACGUUCCUUACAGGACCAUGAAGCACCUCCCCACCCUGCAAAGAGGAAAGCUGACCAGCAUCAUGACCUUGAACGUGAUUAUGACUAUGAUGAUCGUGACCAUGGUCGUGAUCGUGAACGUGAUUGCCAUCAUCAUCAUCAUGAUCGCUCUGAGUCUUCCAAGCAUGCCCUUGAACCUGCUAUUAAAGCCACUUCCUCGACUGCUACUGCAGGAACUGAUAAGAAGCCAAAGGCAAGUGUGUUUUCUCGCAUUAGCUUUCCUGAAGAAGAAAUUAGCAAGAAGAAAAGGAAGAUAUCUUCUGAUGCACCUGCAUCUUCUGGCCAUCACAAGCCAUCCUCCAAUGGAUAUGAUUACAAGACAUCUUCCUCUGCCAAGCCAGUUUCUGCUACAAGUAGUGGUGGCGGGAGAAAGAGCAGCAGUCGCAAUGCUGUAGACUAUGAGUCGAGUGAUGAUGAUAGACAUUUCAAAAGGAAACCAUCGAGGUACGAGUCAUCACCGCCGCCAUCGGCCGAGUGGGAAGAAGAACGGAGGCACUCAAGAGGAUCAAGGGAACGGGAGCGUAGCAGCUAUAGUAAACAUAGAUAGUAUGCACUACCUUUGCACCGUUAUGAUACUCUUUUUAAGUCCUAAUGGAGGGAUUUGUGGGGAAAAUGAUACAUUUUUUUUUGGCUUUGUACUUUGCUAGUGUCUUUAAUAAUUAAAAAAAAAUUUCCAAUUUAGUAUUA